CAGCUGUUUUGUGUUUUUAUUUAGGAAUACACAAAUUAUAAUUUCUAUACAACAACUAAAGUCCACCAAAGUCCCCUUAUAGCUCUUCAAUAAACUAACAAAUGAACGAUUUAACAAAUCCUAAACAAUAUGAGAACCCUUUGCUCAAUAAUGUCAUUACCAACAAUGCCAAAAUCAACGAUGAACAUCUAAGUCCUGGCAUACGAAAUCUAAGAAAAUGGCUGGGAAAACCUUUUCGAGUUGUGAUAACGGAUGGCCGAGUUUUAGUUGGUUUCUUCAAUUGCACCGACAAAGAUUCUAAUAUAGUAUUGUCCAUGUGUGCCGAAUACUUGGAAGAGGGUCAGGAUGCCCGUAUUUUAGGAAAUGUUAUGAUUCCCGGUAAACAUAUAGUCUCUGUAUCUGUAGAUAUGCCCGCCGAUAAGGUAUAUGCAUCAAAACCCAUGUCUUAGUAGUUUUUAGUUUAUUUUAAAAUAACAAAAUACAUACAUAUUUUUUUUAAUUAAGAGUA